GCAAACAGAGAACUGCUUUCCGGCAGGACGGCUUCACGCCAUUUGAUUUGUUGUACAGCAAAACAACAAAGACCGACGCUCGUAUGUUGACUAGUUCAUCGGUGUAGAUUAAGUUUAAGACGGUUUCAGGCUCGUUAACGUCAUCGGCCGUCGCCAUGGAAACAGAGGAGCAGGCCAGGAACCGCUUCCAGUCGGAGCUGGAGUUCAUUCAGUGUCUGGCCAACCCGAACUACCUCAACUUUUUGGCCCAGAGAGGUUUCCUGAGGGAGAGAAGCUUCAUUAACUACCUGAAGUACCUGCUGUACUGGAAGGAGCCCGAGUACGCCAAGUUCCUCAAGUACCCACACUGCCUCCACAUGCUGGAGCUGCUGCAGUACGAACACUUCCGGAAGGAGCUGGUGAACGCUCAGUGCACCAAGUUCAUCGACGAGCAGCAGCUGCUCCACUGGCAGCACUACUCCAGGAAACGCACGCGGCUGCAGCAGGCGCUCGCCGAGCAGCAGCCGCCGCAGCAGCAGCAGGCGCCGCCGCACGCCAACGCCGCCGCCAAGUGACCGGAGCGCCGGCAACGGAUCUGUGGGUGUUUGAAACGGACGAUAUUCUGGCUUUUUAUUUGACAUAAACAAAGAAACGUUCUAGAUUCGGAUCCCUGAAAUAUGACCCGAUUGAGACGUUGACCAGUAAUCAGUGCUAUAUUAUAUUUGAAUAUAAUGUGAUAUCAAACGAAAUAUAUUAUAAUAUAAAAUAUUUUGUAUGGUAAUAUAUUGUAAUACAAUCUGCUACAUGAUACUGAUAUUAUAUAUGAUUAUUUGAUAUAGUAUUUAAAAAGUGCCCUAUUAUGACAUGAUAUCAUUUUAUAGUUGAAUAUGAUAUAAAAUAAUAGUGUGUAAAAUAAUAUAGUAUCUAAAAUAAUAUCUAGAAUCAUGUUGUAUAAUAUAUGAUAUCAUAUUAUACAUCUUAUAAUAUGCUUAUUCCUGAUACUGAUGCUCUGUGUGAACUUGUUAUAAAUUAAACGGAAGGGUUUUGUUUAUUGGCGUUUUCUCCUGAAGCUCCAACAUGUUUAUUUUUUUAUGACAGACGAUUCAGUUUCAUGAUUACUUUUGUUAAGAGUUUGAAAAAUUCAACUGUUUUGACUUUGUUGGUAAUAAAAUGUUUGAUAUUGAUAUA